UGGGAAAAGUCAACUAAACAGCUCGUGUACACCAAAGAAACUCCCGACGAAGAGUGAUUUCUCAUAAAGAAACACAAAAGACGUGUGAUGGAUCGGUCACUGGAGUCUAACUAAACCCAUGACUGUCUCUUUUUAAAAGACCCACAUGGCUAUAUAACUAUUUUUCUGGUUUUCCUAUUCUUUCUUUCAAACAGAGACUGUCGCUUGAGGUCUUGGAAUUACAGACUGCUGGUUUCGACUUUUUCUCCAACUCCAGCUAUCUUCCGAGUUAUACCGAGUUAGCUUUCCGCUUAUCAAUAACCCCGAGACUGACGUUGUUGCCCGAUGGCAGCUCUCAGUAGCCCCGGCUCCAGUCCACACCCCACUUCCCCCCGGGUGUACUUCCAGUCUCCGAGUGAGAGUGCAGAGGAGCCGGAGAGACGGCAUCAAGGCAAAGUAACAGUCAAAUAUGAUCGCAAGGAGUUAAGGAAGAGACUGCGACUGGAGGAAUGGAUCCUGGAUCAGCUAAUUGGGCUGUAUGACUGUCAGGAAGAAGAAAUUCCAGAACUGGAAAUAGAUGUGGAUGAAUUGCUGGACAUGGAGACAGAUCAGGAAAGAAAGGAGAGAGUGAAGGAACUGCUCGCAGACUGUUAUAAACCAAAAGAGGCCUUUAUUGCUGGAUUGCUGGAGAAGAUUCAAGGAAUGCAAAAGCUGAGCACCCCCCAGAAGAAGUGAUGUGCAAUUCCAUGACAGGAAGGUAUGGCUCCACACACCUUUCUGGUGGAAGUCCAACGACACGGGCUGUCAGGGUUACAGGUUCCCUUCUGAUGGAUGCAUAUCAAGUUUUAUGUGUGACAGAGAAGGCCCUCCCUCUUUUGUAUGACUUUUUUAUUUUUAGAAGGCAUUGUCUUUUUUUUAUUAAUUAAAUGAAAAAAAAACUGAAGAAUUGUUGAACCAGUGUCUUAUAUAUAGUCACAUAGCCUACUAUGUUACACAAACGAAUAUUCUUCUAUAAGCUGUUAUCUUUCUAUUACACUGAGCAGCCUUCCUUCUUCGUC